AUGGUGUCGCUGUCCCCCUUCUCUUCCCUCCUCCUCUUCCUCUUCCUCUUCCUCCACUCAAUCUACCCACCCACCACCACCGUCGCCGCCGCCGCCCGGCCGAAUCACGACUACUUCCUCAAGCUCCCAUUGCUCCACAAACCCCCAUUCUCCACCCCACUCCAAGCCCUCUCCUUCGACGCCCGCCGCCUCUCCCUCCUCCACCACAGCCACCGCCGCCGCCGCCACCCCUCCCUCAGAUCGCCGCUCGUCUCCGGGGCCUCCUCCGGCUCCGGCCAGUACUUCGUCUCCCUCCGCCUCGGCUCCCCGCCCCAAACCCUCCUCCUCGUCACCGACACCGGCAGCGACCUGAUCUGGGUCAAAUGCACCGCCUGCCGCAACUGCUCCCACCACUCCCCCGGAUCCACCUUCCUCGCCCGACAUUCCUCCACUUUCUCCCCUGCCCACUGCUUCAACCGCCUCUGCCGGUUCGUCCCGCACCCGGAUCCGACCCGAUGCAACCUGACCCGGCUCCACAGCCCCUGCCGCUACGAGUACCAGUACUCCGACGGGUCGCUGACCAGCGGGUUCUUCUCCAGAGAGACCACGACGCUCAAUACGAGCGCAUUGGGGGAGACGAAGCUGAAGAAUCUCGCGUUCGGGUGCGGGUUCCGGGUCUCGGGUCCCAGCGUGACGGGUCGGAGCUUCAACGGCGCCCAGGGGGUAAUGGGGCUGGGGAGAGGCCCUAUCUCGUUCUCCUCUCAGCUCGGCCGCCGUUUUGGCUAUAACAAAUUCUCCUACUGCCUCCGUGACUACACCCUCGCCCCGCCGCCGACCAGCUACCUCAUGAUCGGCGGCGAUUCCCAAACCCGAAACGUUUCGCGGACGGGUGCGAUGUGCUACACUCCGUUAAUCGCCAACCCACUGUCCCCAACGUUUUACUACAUCGGGAUCCGGAGCGUGUCCGUCGACGGGGUGAAAUUACCGAUCGACCCUUCCGUGUGGUCGAUCGACGAGGAGGGGAACGGCGGGAUGGUGGUCGAUUCGGGUACCACACUGACUUUCGUACCCGAAUCGGCGUACGGGGAGAUUUUAAAGGCGUUUCAAAGCCGGGUCAAGCUGCCGGGUGCGGAGGAUCCGACACCCGGGUUCGAUUUGUGCGUGAACGUGUCCGGGGUGGGCAGGCCGGACUUCCCGAGGAUGAGUUUCGAGCUUCUGGGCCGCCGGGCGGUGUUUGGGCCGCCGCCGGGGAACUAUUUCAUCGAGACGAGCGAGGGAGUGGCGUGCCUGGCGAUUCAACCUGUUGGGGAAGGUGGAGGUUUUGGGGUGAUGGGGAAUCUAAUGCAGCAAGGAUUUUUGUUGGAGUUCGAUAGGGACAGGUCCCGGCUCGGUUUUUCACGCCGUGGAUGUGCUCGGCCUUGA